UAUACUUCUCUAUCCUGGUCCGCACUAAGGCAGGUGAGUAUUACGUUAGUGUUCCGUGAGGCUUUAAUAAUAAAGUCUAUCCAUCCUUAUAUCCUUAUUGCUUCUAGUCCUACCAUCUCUUCCUUCCUUGCCAUCCCUAGGAUAGUUGUGAUGUUGGGGAUGGCUGCCAUCCCAAGGCGCCCUGCCAUCCCUUGGAUGGUUGCCCUUGGCGGGAUGGCACAUCACGUGACCUAG